AUGUACGCUAGCAACAUCGUCCUCUUCGCCAUUGGCGCCAUGACCGCCUCCGCCAGCCCUCUGCUCCAGCAGCGCUCCUCUUACACCGCCUGUCCCUCCGGCAUGUACGAGAACCUGCAGUGCUGCAAGACCAACGUUGUUGGCAUCGCUGCCUUCGAGUGCAAGGCUCCUUCCAAGGAGCCCGUCAGCCUGGACGAGUUCAAGAGCAUGUGUGGUGCUCCUGCCGUUUCGGCUCUUUGCUGCACACUUCCUCUGGCCGGUCAGGACAUUGUCUGCAUGGACCCUCUCCCUGACAUGUCCGCCAUGUCAUCCAUGGGAGGCUCAUCCGGUUCGUCCGGUAUGCCCUCCAUGGGAUCCGGUUCCACUGGUUCCACUGGCCUGCCCUCUACCCGCUAA